CAAAAUCGUAGGCAAAUUCACAAUUCCAAAAUCAAUGGACAGAGUGAGAAGAAGGAGGUACUAAAGGCACCAUCGGAUCAUCCAAGAAUAUUAAAUUCAGAACAAUCAUAUUAUAGUGCCUCCCCUCGGACUGUCCGAGCAUCAAGUUAGGACUGGUCGGGAAAGGCGGUACCUCGUCGACACAUUCACUGGACAUCGGGAAGUCGGAAAUCGGGUCGGAAACUGGACGAGAAUGGGAGCGUGAACGGCACUGAGAGCAAGAAAGAAAGAAAGAACGAAGGAAGAGGAAGAGGGAGGCCGACGGGGAUCUGUCUGCACUGAAUGCAGUGUAGGGUACACGGGCAUCGCUGCGGGUCUGCCUCAUACGAAGAUGGCGUUCUCGUGAUUUCGGGCGGAACCGAGUUGGCCCGCUCCAUGCCGCGUCUUCGGGGCGUUUUUGAAUUCAAUCAUGUCGCUCGGGUGCGGGUGCGGGUGCCGGUGAGGAUGGCGCCCAUGUCGAACGGGACGUGCAAUUCUUUCUCUCACUGCCGCGGCGAAUUGCUCGAUCUCGCUCUCUGACGGUAAUCCGCUUUACGAAGGAAGUGAUGAUCAUCGCUAGGUGGCGACACAGGCUCUGUCUUUCGAAACGGAGGAAAAAACGGUAAAGCGUGCAUGCUUCGAAAAAUCGGAGUUUGUUUCGUCAUAGCAUCGUUCUUUAAUUCACCUGCAGAUUAUGAGGGCGAGGGUCUGGUGAUUGGAAGUCAAACAUCAUGGAACAAUCUGACACGGAUUCCAAGGGAAACCAGGCGCCGCAAGAGACGUUGUCUGUAGAGUCUCUGCCAGCUGUAUCUGCACCGGAGGCUUCUUCAUUGAGUAAAUCUUCUACAUUGGAACCAUCGAUUUUAUCUUCGGAUGCCAUCUCUGUGGCAAACUCUGGGGAUGACAAAGUUUCAUCAGUGCUUGUUCAAAGCAGUGCUGGUAUUCUACGCGACACAGCUUCUGUCUCGAAACCCAGUUUUGACCAGUCUUCAUCGUGUCCUGCUGCCGGUGAUUUGCCCUUAGUCGGAAACUCUGAUCCUUCGCUGCAGUUCGAUACAUCCGCUGUUGAACCCAAGUCAACUCUUAGUUUUUGUGCAUCGCAGUCAACGAAAUCUGCUCUAUCUUCCGGAGAAUCUGGCCUCGAUCCCGUGAAAUGUUCACCCGAGUUUGUUGUACCAGAUGGGGAUGGGAGCCAACCUCCUUUUUUUGAAACAAGUGAUUUGGCCCCCUCUAAGCAUGAACAAGAUGUUGAAAGCGGAGAUAAGAUGGAAACCGAACCUUCCGCUUGUGUGUCUACGAAAUUAUCUGAAGAAGAUGAUCCAAUGGAAGUGGUCGAGCCUCCUUCAAAUGGGCAAAUCCUGUCCCAACAGGAAGAGCCAAUAAUUGCAGGGUCGCUGCCCAGUGGAACCCAAUCCACUUUGCCUGAGAUCUCUGCGGGAAAAAAUGACCUGCCUGAGAAGACAGAGAAAAGAGCGACAGAGGAUACAGCUUUUACAGAAAAGCCGGUCAAGAGAAGUAGAAAGAACGACUUCAUGUCCACUGCACCUAAUACAGUGGAGGCAGUUAUAGGCAGCACUGCAGAGAUUGUUAUAGUUCUUGCAGGCAUGGCUCAAAUGCGAGCUGGGAGAGCUUUUACCGAUUUUGAGAAAGAACUUGCUGCCACUGCAUGUCAGAAUAUUGCGGCUCUUGUGAGCAAAGUCGCUCCCAAUGCUUUGGUUUCUAAGGAGGCUUUAGAAUCAAUGUUCUACGACUUGGAUCAUAAAAGGAUGGCACAGACCAAGAGAGAUGAUCAAGCAAGGGCAAAGGCUUUCGCAGAAGCCGAAGCAUUAGCGAAGGCCGAGGCGAUUGCGAAGCUUAGAGCCGAAGAGUCGCUAAGAGCAGCAGCUGACGCGGAAGAGCGUAACCAGGCUGCCUUGAAAGCUGCCGCUGUGGUGGUGACUAGUCCAACCAAAGAUGUACAAUCUGUUGAUGCAUUUCCUCCACCGGCCACGCCUCCAGGUCUAUCAACACAAGCGUUACCGCCGUCUGUGGAACCUCCAAGUUCUUCCCCACCAGUCGCACCUCCUAGUACUCAGGUUGCUGCACAAGCUAGUGAUGUCUCCCAGUCAGAUACUAUAUCUGAGAAGUCUGUGCUUGAAAAUAGCCCAUCUCAGCAGUUAUCCAAAACUCUCUUGGGUAAGCCUCCCAAGGUCCGUAAUAGAAUGAAGAAAGACUUUGCUGCUCCUAGUCUUAUCUCUUCUGAUUAUCUAGAAUAUAUACAGAGCCAGGUCCCGGAGCUACAGAAAGCUCAGGUAACUCACAAGCAGCUGUGCCUUGCUGUGCAACAGUUUAUACAAGAGCAAAUGCCUCAUGCCCCUCAGACCCUACAAGCGCUUCAACCCAAUUACAUCAACACACCUAUUCCCUGUCAGUUAUGCAAGUUGGUAGCAAAAGAUACUGCAACUGUUGUGGUGUGUGACUCAUGUGAUAAACUUUUUCAUGUCAAGUGUUUACAACCGAACAAUCAUAUUAAGGGUGUUCUAAAAGGCGAUUGGAACUGCCCGGAGUGUCUAAGUGGAGGGCGUGCUUAUCGGGAAAAAUAUGGCUUGUAUCGACGUGGUUCUGUCAAUGGCGUGAAGUUAUGGGCUCCUCAUGAUGAGUCUGAAGACAAUGAUGAAGUUAUUAUCAAUGGCUCUUCUAGUCCAUUAUUAGAGGCAGGGGCAAGUUCCAGUGGCAAGCAAAAUGGCUUAAGUUCUAGUUUGAAAAUGCAAGGCAAGCUUACAGUCGAAGUUGAGACAGGUGGCCACACGAUGAAAGACGAUAGGAGCGUGGGGAACUAUGGAGGGUCUCCCCAGCUUAUUGUGCAUCUGGUGAAUGAACCCUCACCACGAACAAUUGAGCCUGUUCGUAAUUCGUCAAGCUCGAUUGGUGGGGUAGAUAACAUGAGUGGAAGCCUUGCCUCUGGCUCUCAGUUAAAGCUAACUUCUAGGCCUGGACCCGCUGACAAUAAACCAAUGCUAGAGGAUUCAGAAGAAGCUGGAGUUAGUAGGCAGAAGAGCAAGGAGAAGAAUGGAGAUGCAGAUGAGAAAGUAGGACAAAUUUUGAGUACUCAAGGUGGAAGUUCUGAACAAGGAAGUGGAGACAUUUCAACCAGUCUGGCUGGAAAGCAAGUAGAAAUUCCAAUUUUGAUGGAGUGGGUUGGAGAAAGCACACGGACUACCGAAGGGAAAACCUACUACAAAUCCUGUCGCGUUGGAGGGCUCACGUAUCAUCUGUCGGACUGUGCAUUAUUCCGCCCUGAGACUCCAGAUGUACCUCCUUACAUUGCCAGACUUCAGGUUCUGUGGGAAGACCUCAGUACCAGCCACAAAUGGGUGAGGGUAAGCUGGUGUUAUUAUCCAACUGAUAUACCUUUGGCUAUGGGUCGACCAGGAAGAGCCGAGCCUGACGAGGUUUAUGAGUCAAAUCAUUGCGACAAUAAUUUGGUGGGAUCCAUACAAGGUCCUUGCUUUGUAUUGCCCCCAAAAAAGUACCGCAUGGAACUCGAAAGACGGAAGGAGCUCCAAAAACGUGGAGGCAGUCGUGAUGCUCACCCACCAGUUUUCCUAUCGAGGUGGUUAUACGAUGCUCCCAAGGGGAUAUUCAAACCUGUAACAGAAUGAUCUCCCUCUAGCGGUGUCGCGAUCGUCCCUAGUUUUCCCACCUGGAUUCCAAGGGAUCUUCGCCACUUGUUAGAACUGCUGGUCCAGUGUACGCAGGGCUCACGGUCUGAGGCUUUGAAAGAGGCUGCGCACUGAGCGCAAGUGCUCAUGAUCACGAGGCAAAUGUUUCUAAUUACAGCGUGUUGGUGGAUUUUGAGUAAUCUCUCGGAAGAAGUACAACAUGUGAUGCAACAACCAGAGCCGAGAAGAGGAAGAUUAUACAGCAGGCUGCAGAUAGAAGAGCCCCUAGCUUGCAUCCAAGUUGAUGAGGUGUUGUUCAACUUUUCCAAGAGAGUUUGACUGGGUUAUCCGUCAGCUCAAGGGUGAAGUGACCUUGACAUUGGACCCCUAGCAAAGGGCUAUACGUUCCCAGUGGUUUUUUUUCAAUGUACUCCAGAAACCAGGGCCGCAAUUACGCCUUGUUAGAAAUAAUUCGGUUGCUGGCAUAUCUCUGCAUGAGGGUCAACUUGCGGACUACAUGAUCCACAUCCACAAUCCAUCGACGUCGAUGCGUAGAAAGCAGGAGAGAAGAAAGAAGCAAGCUUCUCUUUUGAAACGUCUUCUUGAAUCGCUAUCUAGGGUAUAUCCUACCGAGCCACUGUCCUCUCAGCCUCUGUUCGACAGUUUCAGACCUUUAUGGUCGCACAUAUUUGUCUCAGAGCUAAUUCAUCGUAGUAAUUCAUGACCACAAGUGCCGAGCUCAGUGAGACUACUGCUUCGUCAGCAUCCCUUAUCAAGUAUGUUGAGUGUAUACAUCCAGUUGAGGGUUCGAAUGGUUUGAAAUUGACCACUUUGAAACUGAAACGAAAUAAAGAAGAAGUUGC